AUGAGAACCAGUGACAAGAGUCAGAGUGCUUCAGUCAUAUUCAUCCUUUUAGGAUUCUCCGACUAUCCGGACCUCCAAGUCUCCCUCUUUCUAGUGUUCUUGACCAUCUAUGUGGUCACCGCAGUGGGGAAUCUGGGCAUGAUCGUGAUCAUCAGGAUCAGCCCCAAGCUCCACACCCCCAUAUACUUCUUCCUCAGCCACUUAUCCUUUGUGGAUUUCUGUUACUCCACUGCAGUCACACCUAAACUGUUAGAAAACCUAAUUGUGGAAGACAGAACUAUCUCCAUCGAGGCUUGCAUCACACAGUUCUUUUUUACUGCUACCUUUGUGGUGACAGAGACAUUCCUACUGGCAGUGAUGGCCUACGAUCGUUUCAUCACCAUUUACAAACCCCUGCUUUACUCUGUUUCCAUGUCACAGAAACUUUCUGCCCUUCUGGUGGCUGUAGCAUAUUCAUGGGGCACAAUUUCUUCUCUAAUAUUCACCUAUUCUCUCAUUGUAUUAUCAUUUUGGGGACAGGUUAUUAAUAAUUUUCUCUGUGAGUAUUCUGUCAUCCUCUCAGCCUCCUGCUCUGAUAAACACUUUAGUGAAAUAAUACUUUUUAUUGUUGCUAACUUUAAUGCACUUUGCAGUCUCUUCAUUAUCCUUACAUCCUAUAUUUGUAUUUUUGUCACCAUUUUGAGAAUGAAUUCAGCAAGCAGGAGACAUAAGGCUUUCUCCACCUGUGCCUCCCAUCUGACAGCUGUUACUAUCUUCUAUGGAACUAUUCUCUUCCUCUACUGUGUUCCUAAUUCCAAAAGCUCAUGGCUCAUAGUUAGAGUAACCUCAGUUUUUUAUACUGUGGUAAUCCCCAUGCUAAAUCCAUUAAUUUACGGUUUGAGAAACAAAGAUAUAACAGAAACCCUCAGGAAAUUAAUGAAUAUCAAAAAUUUUACUCACUAA